AUGGCACUUUUUGGGAAAGUUCUAGAACCUGUGGGGUUCAUGCAGACCAUGCGCGUUCUCGUCGAGGGAAUCUGCUCGUAUCUGAGUGGCAGUGCGACUUCCGACGAUUUGGACCUGGUGAAGAAGAAUUUGGACCACAUCGAUCACGAACUCAGCUCCACUGGACCAGGUCUGCUGAGCGAUGAGGAGGUCCACUGUCUUGAAUAUGACUUGGCUGUGGUGUACAAUCAGCUCGGAGCGUCAGUGAGAGCCCAAGCGGAGUUCACAAAGCGUGAAAAAGAAGUGUUUCUGAGCUUCGUUCAGGAGUACAGACUGGAGCGGCAGCUGACGGCGCUGUACAGUCGUAUGAUGGGCAUCUCGGUGCUGACUGAUCAGCCGACCCUGCUGGAGAAGCUUGUUCUUAAUCGCAAACCCAGGCGCUGGGAGAUUAAAGCAUUUUGUGUCAAGGUGAACUUUGUGCUUGGGACAGGCCUGUUGUGCCUUUUUGUAGAGGCGUCUUUGACAGGAAGAGACCAGGCUCUCCUAAUAAAGACCUGGUCAGACAGGAUGGCAGCCUUGUACAGGAAAAUGAAAUCCACCGGUGGGCUCUGUUCAGGGUACUUCAAAGAGCAGGCUGAAGAUGAUGUCAAGAAGCAGAUCCUGGAGGUUCGUUGGAGCACACACAGCCCAGAGCAGCAAGCUGCAGAAAUCCUGAAAAGUUUAGAGCGUAAUUAUGACUGGCUGCACUGGGCUGUAAUGGUGCACCCUCCCGUGGCGUGUUGGAAGGAAGCCGCUCUUGAGGGCCAGGAGGAACCCGAAGAGCAGAACGGCUGUCCAAACCGGGAGCACUUCAUCUCUGUUUUCUCAGAGGCUUCCAAUUCCAAUGUCGUGGCCUGUCACAGAGACACGCCGUCUUCCCUGGAUAAAUCUCGCAUCCAUCAGCUGAUAGUCGACCUGGAAUGGAAGAUCCCAAACCCCCCUCCUGAAAUUUACGCAGCUAUAGAAGAAGAUCCAGGGAAAGCUAGAUUAUAUCUGGCCAACCGGAUGCUGAAGAAGCUGCAGGAAGGGCUUGGGACAAGCGUCGCUGUCUAUGUGGUGCCUGGAAAAAUGGAGAUGAAGUGCAACUUUCCCCAGGCUUCAUAUUACCAAUAUGAAUAUAAACACAGGCUGGCAUCUGGAACUGUUUGUGUGUUCGGGUAG